GUUUUUUUCUCUCUCAAACCUGAUUUCCCUUUUACCAUUAUUGAUACAAAUAUCAUUCUUAUACCUUUUAACCUUUUUUACACAUUAAUUCCGUUCUCGAUACCGCUGCCACAUAUCGUCAAAGUCAUUAAAAAUAUAUAAUGGGCUCCGCUACUAUUUCCGCGGUCGCUGACCCCAAGAGCAGCAUUGCCGAAGAGCGCAAGACACCUUCGUUCCCAAUCCGCGAGCUGACAUACUGGAUAGAUGGGGGCAAGCGCGUGACUGAUACCAAGGAGCGCAUCAUGCUGGAGCUCGAGCGUGACCCACUUUGGAAGGUCAGCGACCACCCAAACCUUACACUCGCCGAGACACGCGAGCGUGCGAUGAGCAAGGUGCGGCGAUUGGCCGACCUGGCGACCGCCAGGCCGCUCGAAGAGACCAUGCUUCGAAUGACCAUUGUCAGCGUCGUCGACCCUGGGUUCUGGACGCGGUUCGGAGUUCACUUUGGAUUGUUCUUCGGCGCACUGCAGGGCCAGGCCACGCCGUCGCAGCUCGGGUACUGGAUGGAGAAGGGCGCGUUGUCGAUGCAAGGAAUCACCGGUUGCUUCGGUAUGACUGAGCUGGGUCACGGGUCCAACGUCGCCGGGCUCGAGACCACAGCGACCUUUGAUGAAGCGACCGACGAGUUUGUUGUGCACUCGCCGACACUCACUGCAACCAAGUGGUGGAUUGGCGGCGCCGCACACACAGCCACGCAUUGCUCGGUCUAUGCCCAACUCAUUGUCAAGGGCAAGAACUAUGGCACCAAGACGUUUGUUGUUCAGCUGCGCGACACAAAGACCUUUCAGCUUAUGCCCGGAGUCAACAUUGGCGAUCUCGGAAAGAAAAUGGGCCGCGACCAGAUCGACAACGGGUGGAUCCGGUUCACACAUGUGCGCAUCCCGCGGUCGCAUAUGCUGAUGAAGCACACCAAGGUGACGCACUCGGGCGAUGUUAUUGAGCCCGCGCUCGCGCAGCUCGCAUACGGAGCCCUCAUCCAGGGCCGUGUGAGCAUGGUCAGUGACUCGGCCAACGUCGCCAAGCGCGCGCUCACCAUUGCCACGCGCUACGCCAGUGUCCGCCGCCAGUUCAGCAGUGGUGCGCCCGGGUCUGUCGAGACCAAGCUCAUCGACUACCCGAUCCACCAGCACCGGCUGCUGCCUCUGAUGGCACAGACCUUUGCCAUGAUCUUCACCGCGCGCGAGGUCUCGGCAAACUACGAAAAGCUGAUGGGCGUUCUGAGCGAUCUCGGCAACCAGUCCAAGGGUGCUGCGGCUGACGAAGCGAUCAAGGAGCUCAAAGAGACCCACGCCACCAGUGCAGGACUCAAGGCAUUCUGCACGUGGAUGUGCCUCAAUAUUAUUGACCAGUGCCGCCAGAGUCUCGGCGGCCACGGCUACUCGGCGUACACUGGUCUUGCGCAGGCAUACUCGGACUUUGCCGUGCACUGCACGUGGGAGGGCGACAACACCAUUUUGACGCUACAGUGCGGCCGCUACUUGGUGGCUACCGCGCUCGACGCUCGCAAGGGCAUGCCACUGCCCGCCAACCUGUCAUACCUCAAAGCCGCCAUAUCCAAGGAUGGCUCGCUGUCGGCAAAGACGUGCAAGGGCAACUCUGCCGAGCAAGUAAGCUCGUUGGACACGCUCAAGGCCGCCUGGAGCAGCGUUGCAGCCAAUGCCAUUCUUAAUGCUGUGCGCGACUUUGAGGCCGGUCUGGCCAAAGGCCUGAGCAAGGACAACGCGUACGAGUUCUCGUCGGCCUCCCGUCUGCACGCCGCCCGCAUGCACACAUACACAUACUUGCUGCAUCGGUUUGUAGCGCAGGUCGACCAGAGCCCCGCACCACUGCGCCCGAUUUUGACCUUGCUCGCGCAGCUCUUCGGCGCGCACUCGGCCGUCCAACACAGUGGUGAGUUCCUGCAGUCGGGCUUUUACUCGGGCGCCCAAAUCGAGACGUUGAAGGGCUUUGUCAACUUUGCAUGCACUGAGAUCCGCAAGGACGCCGUGCCUUUGACCGAUGCCUUCGGGUACACCGACUAUGUGGUCAACUCGCCCUUGGGCCGCUAUGACGGCGACGUGUACGAAAAGUACUUUGAGCUGGUCACCAGCCUCAACCCGACCAAGCCCGUCCCGUACUUUGACUCGCUGAUCAAGCCACUGCUCGAGCGCACUAACGAAACUGAUUCAGGGCCCGAGCUCGAGAUUGACCAGGAAGAAUGAGUUUGUGGAAUCCUUUUUUAAUCAAUUGUCUUUUUAUUGUGCGGAGAAUUCAAAUCACCUAUUUGGUCGUCAUCAUUACGCUUACAUCCGCAGAGGCCACCGCCAAAAAAGACUGCGGAUUGGAAAUCCCUUCCGCAAAAAAUGCUUACUUCCGCUUUGGUAUUGAGAAACACGCAUGUAGAUUUAAAUCCUUUUUUCAUUUUCGUCACUCGCGACUGAAUUAAAGGCAAAGGGCACCAAUCCGGACUCAGUCAGCAGCCACCUAAAAAUAAGUGCACACACCUUAAAUAUUUGCCAACGUGAGCAUUCAUUUGGCGAGGCUCGGGGUCUUUGGCCUUUUUGGCCUCCCUCUUUCUCCAGCUUCUUUAUAACUGCACUUUACUGUAUUAGUUUGUCCGUUUUGUGGAGCAUUGUCGAGCAGAGAAUUUAUUCUUCAAAUAAACGCAUAUUAGC